UAAAAAGGCAGGCUUUUGAGUUCGGAAAAAUGGAGAGAAAACCAUUGAGUUGAUCUGAUCCCAAAUCUUUCCUCUUUAAACAGAAACCACUGCAGUUUUUCAGGUGCUCUUUCUCUGAAAUUUCGAGGUAUUGUUUAACUUUAAGGAUUUGUUUCUUGAAAUGCAAAUGGCAGCAAAAGCAGUUGUUUUCCAGAGUUUCUUUACUGAGCGCCGAAGGUACUCUUCUGAAGCAGUUUACUGUUAGAAUUAACCCCAGAACAAUCCCCUUUUUUAGUUUUAUAUUCCUUUUUUCUCAAGGAGUUGUGUUCCGGAUCAGUGGCAGUUUAUAUAUACAUAUAUAAGAAGAAGAAGAAGAAAGAAGCAAAUGGAGCGCUUAAUGUCGUUUGAUAUACGUUAACAAGGGCAUCUUUUAUUGGUUUCUUUGAUGUUCUGAAUAUCUCAGAAGGGUUCAUUAAAAUUUUCACGUAGUUGAAGUGUUUUGUUUACAAUAGAUUGAUUGUGGGUCGUGAUUGAUUUUUUUUUCCUCUCACUUUCGUGGGAAGCGAUUUCAGGAGAGAUUGUUAUAAGGUUUUCUGUGAGAUUUCUUGAACUUGAAGGAUAUACUAUGGUGAACAUGGAAAAUUAUCUGAUUAAGGUUUUCUGUGCUGGUUCUUGUUGCAACUUGGUGAGUUAGUUUAAGGUAGUGUGUAGUUUGGUUUCUAGUAGUUUGUGGAAGUGGGAGAGAAGAUGGGGAUAGAUGAUAGAAUGUUGCUGCCAACCGUGGGUCCCCCAAUAAAGAGAAAGUUGAGAAGGAAACAAGCUGGAAGAGGAUCUUACAGAGGGAGCUAGGAUUUGAAAUUGUUAAACAAGAAGGGGGUGGACUAGGGAUUUAAUUGGGUUUUGUUCCAAAUUAGGGUUGGGUGUUUGUGAUUAGGAAUUUGCUCACUGGGAGAAGGAAAGAUGGGAAGCCGAUUGCAGCAAGUGCUCAGGGGCCUUUGUCUCAACACUGGUUGGAAAUAUGCUGUUUUCUGGAAAUUAAGGCACCGAGCAAGGAUGAUGUUUACAUGGGAGGAUGCGUAUUAUGACAGUAACCAAUACCCCGACAAGAUGUGGUCCAAUGCGACAGCAUGCAGCAUGAAUGAGGGUUCUUAUUCACAUGAUCCUUUAGGAUUAGCUGUGGCAAAGAUGUCAUAUCAAGUAUAUUCUCUGGGGGAAGGGGUUGUUGGACAAGUGGCAGUUUCUGGGAAGCAUUCAUGGAUAUUUUUGGAUCAGAUUGUUGUUGAUUCUUCCUCCUCAUCCGAGCUCUUUGGUGGGUGGCAAACACAGUUUUCAGCUGGCAUUAAGACCAUUGCAGUUGUGGCUGUCAUUCCACAUGGAGUUGUACAACUAGGCUCUCUACAUAAAAUUGCUGAGGAUUUGAAGCUGGUCGACCAUAUUAGAAAUGUUUUUGUUGAGCUGCAAGAUUCCUUAGUAGGUUGUAUUCCCAGUUCAAUAAUAAGUAACACAGAGAAUUCUUGUCUGUCAGCUACCUGCACAAGAAUUUCAGAUCCAGCUGUUCAUGACUGCGUAGCUAGAUUAAAGGGAUCUUUUCAUGAGGAUGAGGAAAGUUUGUGGUCUCAGUUAUUUCCACCUCUUGGGGGAUUUGGGAAUCAUUCUCAUAAUGUCCCUAAAAUGGGGAGCCUUUCAAAUAGAACUCUUAGAAUGAAGAUGCAUGAAAGCGCUGAUCGCACAAUAUCCGAGAAUGAAAUUUCACUUCCCUCUAGUUCUGGAAUUAUUCUUGCAAGGCAACCGCGGCAAGAAGAGAUGGAAUCUCUCGACAGUAUGAACUAUGGUGCAGAGAUGAAUGAUUUCAGGGAUUUAGGAAAAAGAUCAGAAAUCACGAGAACGACUCAUGCUGAGAACGCUAGGACUGGUAAAUCUGAUUUACGUAAUGCCACCCUCCAUGCUGAUGGUUCUCAAAUGGUCCCAUCCAAUCUUCCUUUAGAGAUGGUUGGCUCUCCAGCUUUCCAGGAUAAAGGUGAUAUUCAUGAUCUGGAAUUUCCAAACCUGCAGUUGCAUCAAGAUUUUGAGAACCUAGAACUACCGACCAAAUCUGAUUGUGUUGACAUGCGGAUAUCGCCUUUCAGUUUUUGUGCUGGCUAUGAGCUGUAUGAAGCCUUGGGACCUUCUUUCCAGAAGAAGAAUGAUUGUGUCUGGGAAGCAGGAAAAACUGGUUCUGAUAUGGCUGUUGAGAUUUCUGAGGGAAUGGGCAGUUGCAGUCUGCUGAUGGAGAACUCUGAUAUGCACCUUCUGGAUGCCGUGGUGGCCAAAGUUAGUCAUAAGGGAGGUGACACAGAAAGUGAGAAAUCAUGCCGUGACACAGGGGAAUCUCUCUUGACUGCUGAAAAAACUCGAGACACGUCAAGUAGUUUGAACUCAAUGACACGCGGUGUUGAGUCUUUAAAAGGUUUUUCAUCAACCAGUUCCAGUAGAGGGAGUGAACAUUUGGAGAGGCCCCGAGAAGCCGCUAAGAUAAAUAAAAAGAGAGCUAGGCCUGGUGAAAGUUGUAGGCCAAGGCCAAGGGACAGGCAGUUGAUCCAAGAUCGAAUAAAGGAAUUGCGGGAGCUUGUUCCCAAUGGAUCAAAGUGCAGUAUUGAUUCACUACUUGAACGGACAAUUAAACACAUGCUCUUUUUGCAAAGCGUUACCAAACAUGCAGAAAAGCUACAUAAAUGCUCCGCAUCAAAGUUGCUUGACAAGGACACAGGUAUGCGAAGGUUUUCCAGUUGCGAACAGGGAUCAAGCUGGGCCGUGGAAGUGGGAAAUAACCAAAAAGUUUGCCCAAUAAUAGUGGAGAAUAUAAGCAUGAAUGGGCAUAUGCUGGUUGAGAUGUUAUGUGAAGAGUGCAGCCAGUUUCUUGAAAUAGCAGAAACCAUCCGAAGCUUGGGUCUAACCAUCUUGAAAGGUGUUUCAGAAGCCUAUGGAAAUAAGACGUGGAUGUGCUUCGUGGUUGAGGCGCAAAACAACCGAAGUAUGCACCGGAUGGAUGUCUUAUGGUCGCUAAUGCAACUUUUGCAGCCUAAAACCUCUACUUAGAUCUUCCCAUGAGUGAUUCUCAUGUCUGACUUAUGAGCCGGAUGGGCCUUGAUGUAUUCUCCGCAAUGAUUGUUGUAGCUCUGUGACUGCUUGAAUCUAUUGUCGGGGCUUUCCAAUCAACGCACUUUUGACUGGUUUUCUUUAUUUUCUUUUCUUAGUGUUGUCAAAUAUAGCUUGUAACAUCAUGUGUUCUUUAUCUUCUCCAAUGUCGAUUGAGCGUGAUUAUUUCUCUUUGGUUUUCCUAGUUCUAUUUUUGUCGCAAUGCUAUUGCUUCCGCGCAUGUAAUUUAUGCACUCUUUUUGGUUGUAUUGUUGA